AUGAGCUCAGGUGACAAAACAAAGGGUUGGUCAACCAUACCAUUUAUUAUCAAUGGAAAAGAUGUUACCUCCAAAGCAUCAUUUUCUGUAAAUAACCCUGCCAGCUCUGAAAAGCUCUGGAGUGGUUCAUCUGCUUCAAUCAGCGAUGCAACUGGGGCCGUCGAGGCAGCUCAAGCGGCUUUCGCGUUGUGGUCUCAGACAAAGCCGAGUUUCAGGAGAGACAUUCUGUUCCGGGCUGCAGAUCUCUUCAUUAGCAGAAAAGAGGAAUUGUUCGCCUAUCAAGCCCAGGAGACGGGUGCGGGGCGGCAAUUUAUGGAGAUCAACAUCCAGGCUACGGCGCAGAUACUGAGAGAUAUCGGAGGGAGAAUUGAGACGGCAGUUGAAGGCUCGGUCCCUGCGACGGCCGAGCAGGGGUCUCAUGCCAUCAUAGUCAAAGAACCGUACGGCGUCGUUCUCGCAAUUGCACCGUGGAAUGCCCCAUACGUGCUCGGAGCACGAUCAGUUGCGUUUGCCCUCGCAACGGGAAACACAACAGUUCUCAAGGGUUCCGAACUGAGCCCGCGUGUGUUCUGGGCAAUCGGCGAUGUUUUUCGACAGGCUGGCCUGCCGGACGGUUGCCUCAACGUAAUUUAUCACCGAACGGCAGAUGCCGCUGCCGUGACAGACGCGUUAAUUGCGCAUCCAGCGAUCAAGAAGAUCAACUUUACUGGCAGCACUCUCGUCGGAAGCAUCAUCGCCAGUUUGGCGGGGAAGCACGUCAAGCCGCUUUUACUUGAGCUUGGCGGGAAAGCGAGUGCAAUUGUCCUCAAGGACGCCGACGUGAAAAAGGCCGCGACAAGUUGCGCCGUGGGCGCGUUCAUCCACGGCGGUCAGGUGUGCAUGUCGACGGAGCGCAUUCUCGUGCACAGAUCGAUCAGUGACGAGUUCAGCGCGGCACUCAAAGAGGCGACGCAGGGGCUCUUCGGGCCCGAGAAACCGCCGUUCGUGCUAGUAAAUUCAGCGGCGGUACAGAAAAACAGGGGUCUCAUCGCCGACGCGGUGGCCAAGGGCGCGACGACCCUCCUGGGCGACGCCGAUGCUGCAGAGGACCAACCCACCAAGAUGAGACCCGUCAUCGUCUCCAACGUGUCCAAAGAAAUGAACAUCUACCAUACCGAGUCCUUCGGGCCUACCGUGUCCCUGCUGACCUUUGACACGGAGGAGGAAGCUCUCGCGGUCGCCAAUGACACCGACUACGGGCUCUCGGGGGCUGUAUUCUCCGAGGACCUGAAGGCCGCUAUGAGGGUCGCUAGAAAGUACGAAACUGGAGCCGUCCACAUCAACUCCAUGACCGUGCACGACGAGGCGGCGCUGGUGCACGGCGGGGCUAAGAAGAGCGGCUACGGGAGGUUCAAUGCUAGCCAAGGACUGGCUGAGUUUCUGAGGUACAAGACCAUCACCUGGAGGGAGUAA